CUCCAACCCUGUCCCUGGCACGUUUUCUGAUUCACUAUCACGACUUUUUCUAGCUCUGCAGAGCUUUUCUCUCUAAUAGCUCUCCAUCUUUGUAAUUAAGGGCUCGAAACAAGCAACGAGGGGAAAGCCAAAAAAAGGGAAAGAAAACAAAAACACUCUUGCACAUCACAGAAGCAUACAGAGGCACGGAAACCUCUUCAUAAUCAACGAGAGACAUCGUCAUGACUGCUGCACCUCCGGUGCCUCACGCUGUCCCUGAGGGCCUCAAUGGGGCUCCCGGUCAUCUCGCUCACAGUCUGCCUCGGUAUCAAGCUAUCGCCAUGAAUCCCAAUCCGCCUACUCAUCCACCAAUGCCCCCGCCAGACCAAAUGGUUCAAAAUCAUCACUUUCGUCACUAUCCACCGCCAUCUUUGCACGACCCUCAUGCCGGUCCGCCUCCCCCACCACCACCAGCGGCCUUGUCGUCUCUAGAUCAGAUCGAAGCUCGCUUGCGUCAAUUGGAACACGAGGAAAUGAACCGGAUGGCAGCUCGGCAUCACCUCCUUGCAGUGCGCAAGCGUGAAGAUGAGGAAUUCCGGAGAAUGACUGAGAGCGCCGAGGCUGAGGAGGAGGAUCUCCGAAGACAACGCAAGAGGAUUAAGAGGGAGUCGAUGGGCCUUGGACCGAACCAGACAAUGGACUCGCCGCCGAUGCGGCCAACACCACCACGCCGAUUGUCCGAGACGAGUGCGGCUACGACUUUGGCAUUUUUCAAGCAGCAGAGUCCUCCAGAGCCUCGUCAAACACCGUUACCACCUGUAUCACGCACACCACAACCUCCACCUAUGCCUCAAUCUAUGCCUCAACCUACUCAUAUGCAUCCUCAACCUCAUCACGCUCCUCCACCUCCACCUCCACCUCCCCAAGCUCAGCACCCACAACAUCCGCAUGCCCACCAACAUCAACACCAGCACCAACACCAGCACCAACAUCAACACCAACAUCAGCAUCAGCAUCCAACUAACCCCCACGAUGCAAUCAACGGCGCAGGAUCCAUCCGGCGCAAACAAAAGUACACAAUCAAGAACGUCGAGGCAUGGGGCGAACGUCACGGCCGCCCAGCAGCACACGAUCCUUCCGGCCGCGCUCUAUGGAAGCGUCCUUCAGACGGGAGUCUGGUCUAUUUAACUUGCCCGAUCCCUGGCUGCGGAAAAUCCGACUUUGUCACGCUGCACGGCUUCAUGUGCCACUUGACGAAGAAGCACAAGGACCGCACGCUGGGCAGCCAAUCGCGCGCGCUCGAGAUGUGCGGUCUCGUCUACGACCCGAAUUCGCCUUUGCCUCCAGUGCAGGCUUCUCAUCGCGGUUCGAUGGAAGAUAGCCCAAUGGACGGGGGCCACGAUGACGAAGGCCAUGACCCCGAGCUCGACUCCGAGCCUGAGGAUAGCGAAGAGCCCCGCGACGAAAUCUAUCGAGUCAAGACCGAGGUGUCAGAACGGUCUCUUCAUGACCCAGAAGAUACACCCGUCUCGCAAGAUGCCUCGCCUAUACCGUCUAAACCAGUCAUGAACGCCUCGAUCAAGCAAUCGAUCUCGUCCAUCAUCGACCGUACCCCAGAAUCCGAGCCCCGGGAAGCAUUGGCGUCAUUGACACCUUCUGAACCUAUCUCGCAAGGCCCAACGCUCGCCUCCAUGGAACAGUCUAUUCCUGCAAAGCGGAAAUACGAGUACUCGCCCGAGAAGGAGAAUGCAGAGCCGAAGGAGGGCUCUGCGACGGAGUAGAGCUUGUUUUAUUUUUUUGUUAAUAUCGAUAUCCAUCGGCAGUACAGUUGAAUCUGUUGAUUUCAUAUCACAUUUUGUUCUGUCCAGGCUGUACAGUCUAUUCGAAACUAAUAAGGCCUCUCUCGAAGAGAAGCCUGUCACAUCUACCCAACCACUCCUAUUUUCAUUCUCAAUCAUCUUCAGCAUGUCGUUUGUAUUGUUCAUAUCAAACAGUCCAUCAUUGCAUUGAUCUCGAUGUCGUUCUUUCUUCUUUCAAUACCCUUUUCUUGCCUUGUUCUUUCAUUUUGUUUUCAUUAUCAUAUCCUUAUAUUUCGUGUCUCCGUGCCCCUCGCAGGGACUCGUGUCUUAUCUUUCAAGCCCUUUUCUUGGACCCUUUACUUCUGGUUGAUAAUAAUGUCUUCGACGCUGUUUGUCUACUGGCGUGUUGCAUUCGCAUUCGCAUGUCUUGGGGUGUUAGAUUAGUGGAUCGUGGAUCUCACCCUUUCAUUUGUCCAUAUCUAAUUGCAUGCUGAGCUUACUUGUGAAUGAUAUACGAG